UCGGCUGAGCUGCCUGCCUCGCUGGCAAGACCAGUUGCCUGCCGGCAAGUGUUGGCCCAUGCAUGCCCCACCAAAAUUUCCAACACCGCGGGGCAGCUGUUUGAUGCAUUGAGCCUUCAGAUCACAAGCAUCAAGUUCACUUUCAUACUCUUACAUCUUACCACCAAAACCAGCCCUUCAAGCAGCGCACGCCGUCUAUUCUUGAAUCAUUUCAAAUUGCAGUACAACCCACUCUACACUUCUCAACAACCAACACAUCAAUUCACCAUGUCCGCCACACCCUUCGACGAAGAUGACGACCCCAUCAUGGCCGAGUACAACCUCUUCGUCAAGCCCCCCCUUCCCGAAAACCGCAAGCUCGUCCUCCUUCAGUUCUUCAACAAGACCGCCACCGACCCUUCCACCCUCCGCAUCCCCCACAUCAUCGGAAUGCGCCACAAGCCCGAGUCUGGUUUCUACGAGGUAGACCUCCCAAUGGACAUCAACACGGCCUACGAUCGCAACAAAGGCGUAGAGAUGGGCACCGCCCUCACCAAGUCUCUCGAGGCGAAAAAGGGCGGCACGCACGGUUUGGCGGGUGGAUUCAGCUCCGUAGGUCCCGCCGCGACAGCAGCAAGCAGAGGUCGGAGGAUGGCCCCUGGUGAGGAGGAACCGCCACGGAUGAACUUCGAGGAGGCCGCGAGGAAGAACAUGGUGCUCAAGACGCAGACGCUGAGCGGGCAUCGCGUUGCGAACGAAAACGUACCUCACAGUUAUGUUGGUGUCUUCAAGGGCAGUAAGUUCACCUUCCUCACUCUUUACCCAUUCCCACUGUCCUCUUACUGA